AUGGGCGGCCCGGUCGAGAACCUCCUGCGCGCCGCGGGCUGCCCGCUCUACGCCGUGCCGAAGGCCCUGGGCGUCGACGUCGAGGCGCAGCGGAGCGCGGAGCAGCGGGAGGCGGACGCGGAGCGCUUGUGCGUGGCGCCGUGCUCGACGAGACGGACAACGGCAUCCCCGACGUCUGCCUCGAGCGCAAGUGGUGCCCCUUCAACCCGGACAACCCCGUCACGACAACUUCGUACAACGCACUACUACCUCGGCCUGCGAUCCAUCGUCACCGUCUACGACGGCGGCGACGAGACGACGGACCGGCUCGAGAUCGACUACAUGGUCGGGCGGAUCCCCGGGAGCCGCGACGUCGACCCCAUGCGCGAGGCGCUGCUCGAGAGCUGCGCCGACUCCGCCGCGGGGAACCAGAUCGGCGCACUCCUGUCGUGCGUGACGCUCAUCUUCGCGCUGCUCGGCACGAUCAACCGCAUGAAGUUCUCGAGUGACGCGAACGUGCAGAAGGCGCUGGGCCUCGUCACGGACACGUGGGGUGCGCUGACGCUGAGCUACACGCUCUUCAACUUCCACGCGAACUGCUUCGACGACCUGCCGAGCCGGUUCCAGCGCCUCGACCUCGACUACGAGUGGGGGCCGGGCUGGAUCUGCUACCUCUUCUGCGCGCUGAGCGACAUCAUCCGCGCGGCCGCGCACUGGGUCACGCCGACGCCGGGCAACGGGUCGGUUGUGUGCACCCUGAGCCUGCCGGCGGAAAUCGUGAAGCUCCUGGACGCCGACGGUGACGGCGAGAUCACCUGGGAGGACCAGAAGCUCAUGUUCAAGAACCUCAAGAAGCUCAUCGCGCACGAGACCGUCGUCGUCCGGUCUCGCGCGAUGCUCCUCCGGGCCGACAUCUUCGAGGGCGGCGGCUGCGUCAUGCGGGCCGCGUCCGACGCGGCCGAGGACCUGGCGGACCGCGUCCGUGCGUCGCUGGCGGCCCACGACGAGAGCCCGCACGCGCUCGGCGAGCUCGAGAAGCGCGACUUCGCAAUCUCAGUGGUGCUUCCCCCCUCAUCGCCUGUCGCGCUUGGUUGGGACGGACCGUCCCGUGACAGCGAAAUACCGCCUCUCAGUCAUUGCUCUCAGUCAGCACACGCGAGGCCCAGCGCCCCGCGCGCGAUGCGCACCAGCGGUCAAUCAACGCCGGGAACUAUCUUGGCUGUGGCCGAAACGACGAUGGUUCUUCAAUGCUCAUGGAUUGAACAUUUUGGGCGCUUUGGGCAGGACAGGGCACUGUGGCGUUGUUGCCAAGCAGCUGUUACUUUGUACAGUCUGCAUAAGCGCACUGAACAUCGUCUUGUCAAUAGACUUAAACUUUCGCUCGAUUUGUAA